AUGGAUGACCCCUUCGCGCAGUGUGAACUCUGCGGAUGCAUCUUCUUCGUCGGCGGUGAGGUCGGUCUCUGCACGUCCUGCUCCUCCAAAGGCCACUGCUGCUGCCCGGCGUGCGAAGACGAUGCAGAUCGAAGCUUUCUCCCGGGAGACCCUACUGGACAUGCACGCGUCUCCACGACUUCAGAGAUCACCCAAUCUGUGCGAGACGACCAGGUCCAUCUACCGGAAGCCUCCUCUCUCGCACAAUCCUGCUCUAACCUUAACCUUUCCGACGAAGCAGAAAACAUAGUGGACGGGGAAACUACAACCAACGACACCGCGUCCUCCACCACCACCGACGGUGAAGACCUCGACAUCGACAUCGGCAUCGACAUCGGCAUCGACAUCCACACCAUCCUACACAACCGGCCCCAGACGCUCGUCUACACCCUUCUCAUAGACUCCUUCCGCCUCCGCCGGCACGACGACGCGCUAUCCCACCUGCCUUCCUGGACAAACCUCGAGCUCGCCGGCCUUCUCACGCGUAAACCAUGCCUCGCGCAGUUCCGACGUUUCCUGUACCUCGCCCAGACGCGCCCGGGUCUAUUGCCGUAUUGGUGGAUCACUGAGAAGGACAAAUCGAUGAGUGUGUGCGUCGGACUUGGGAUGCAGAAACCGGGGGUGUGGGCUUGUUUGAGGCAGGAUGUUGAUGAGGGGGAUUUGAGGGAGUAUUAUGGAGGCAGGAAGAUGGUGCGGGUGUUGAGGGGGUUGGCGGAGGUUGUUUAUGGUGGGGUGGAGAGUUGGGUUGUUGGGGAAGUUUUGCGGGAGAGGGUUGCGAGGAAGAGGAUGGAAGAAGGGGAAGGAGAGGGUGGGGAGGAAGGGGAAGAUGGGGGACGAGAGGAUGAGGGGGAUGGGAGAGAGGAUGAGAAGGAGUGA